AUAAAUCGUAUUUUGUGGUAUCAUUAUUAUCAAAAUUUGAUGAUAUUGAGAGAAUUAAAAUUUGCAUGUAAAUUGUAUUAAUAUUUUGCUGAGUAUAAGAGAGGACUGUUGACAAGCGCAGACAUGCAAAAUAGAACAAUAUAGAAAAGAAGAAGGGAUGAAAAUGUCAUAGAAGAAAUAUGAGAGUGUGAGUAAAUAAGAGUAAAAUUAUGAAGUGAGGUGCAAUAAAGUUGAGAAUGAAGAAAAAAUUACUACCCUAUGGAAUUAUGUUUGUAUGUACACAUACAUAUCAGUGGUUUUAUGCCAAUUUGUUUUAUAUUUAUGUUGAAAAUUCUCGAGUAAUGACAUUCAGUUGUUAACUGUUUGUAGAGCUGAUGUGACGUGCUUUCUUUUUUGCUCCUGUUAAAAAAAAUUGUGGCUUUAAAAUAUCAAAAGUGAAGCAUUAUAAAGAAAAUAAGUCAAUCAAGAAUUUGAUUAAAAAGUGAUUAAAAAAACAACAAGCGGAAUAGAAGGAUAGUUUUUAAUAAUUGUGAUAGAAAAGUGCAGAAUAAUUAAAUAAAUCUAAAUGAUAAUGAUGAGUGCAUUAAAUAUUGAACGAGGUCUACGGACAUCGUCACAAAAUAGUCCUAUAUCAAAACCUCGUGCAGUUUACAGUAUUGAUCAAAUUUUAGGAAAUCAUAAUCAUCAUCGAAGAAAUACAAUUAAUGAUCAUGAGAACUCAUUAAAAAUCGAUACAAAUGACAGUCAUGAUGUGGGCGUUGAUGUUGACAAUGAUGAUGAUAUGCCAGUUAUGGGGGAUAUUGAUUCAACAGAUCAUGACUCUAAUGAUAUGUCGCGGCCUAGGAAAAUAAGAAGGUCUAGAACUACAUUUACGACUUAUCAACUUCAUCAAUUGGAAAGAGCAUUUGAGAAAACACAAUAUCCAGAUGUUUUUACACGUGAGGAGUUAGCUAUGCGAUUAGACCUUAGUGAAGCUAGAGUACAGGUUUGGUUUCAAAAUCGUCGAGCGAAGUGGCGAAAAAGAGAAAAGGCAAUGGGACGUGACACAACUACAUUUUUACAUCAUGAACAAGGUAUGCCUGAUUUUUCCAUGGGAAUUCCACUUCCUCACAAUUUGGCGCAUCCGGCAGAUUUUUGGACUCCAGGAUUCGGUAUUCACCCUACACUUAUACCAACUGCAAACCAUAUGCUUCAUCCAAACUUAAUACCAAAUUACAAAAUUCCAAAUAUUCAUGCUAUAAUGCAAUAUAUGGGACUUAAUAGUUUAUUUAAUGGUGACCGUGCCGGUAGUAAUAAUAAUUUUGCAACAUCGCCGCAAAACUUAUCAAUCAAUACAUCUACAACAACAAGAUCAAGCAGUCCAUCUCAAAAUAGUCCUGUAGAAAGUCCUACAAAAGAAAUUGAAAAGUAAAAUAUAAAAAUUAAACAAUAAUCAUCUUAAAAAUGUAUGUGACAUCGAAUUUAUUAUGAUAAGUAAAACAUUUCUGAGAUAUUUAAUCAUAAGAAUUAACUUACAAUUUAAAUUUUUACAUUACCCGCCAUAAAUUGAGCUUCUUU